UUGGGGGAGACACCCCGGAGUCCCAGGAGGCAUGCAGCCAGGAGCUCUUCUCAAGCCAGGAGGAAGGCAGCCAGUCGCAGCAGCUGGUACUUGGUGAAGGACAAGCAGAGGAGCAGGUUCCCACCGCAGGCACUUACCUGCCACCCUUGCAGCAGGUAUUUCAAGCACCACGUCGGCCUGGGAUAGGAACCGUAGGGAAGCCUAUAAAGCUCUUGGCCAACUAUUUUGAAGUGGACAUUCCCAAGAUCGACGUGUAUCACUAUGAAGUGGAUAUCAAGCCUGAUAAGUGUCCACGUAGAGUCAACAGGGAGGUUGUGGAAUACAUGGUGCAGCACUUCAAACCUCAGAUCUUUGGAGAUCGGAAGCCGGUCUACGACGGGAAAAAGAAUAUCUACACCGUCACUGCCCUGCCCAUCGGAAAUGAACGGGUUGACUUUGAGGUAACAAUCCCAGGGGAAGGCAAAGACCGGAUAUUUAAGGUCUCCAUCAAGUGGAUGGCGAUUGUGAGCUGGCGGAUGCUCCAUGAGGCCUUGGUAAGCGGGCAGAUCCCCGUCCCGCUGGAAUCUGUCCAGGCGCUAGAUGUUGCCAUGAGACAUCUGGCAUCAAUGAGGUACACUCCUGUGGGUCGUUCCUUCUUCUCCCCUCCUGAAGGUUACUACCACCCUCUGGGAGGGGGCAGAGAAGUUUGGUUUGGGUUCCACCAGUCAGUCAGGCCUGCCAUGUGGAAGAUGAUGCUCAACAUUGAUGUGUCGGCGACAGCCUUCUACAAAGCCCAGCCCGUGAUCGAGUUCAUGUGCGAAGUGCUGGAUAUCCGAAACAUCGACGAGCAGCCAAAGCCCCUAACGGACUCGCAGAGGGUGCGCUUCACCAAGGAGAUCAAAGGUUUGAAAGUAGAGGUGACCCACUGUGGGCAGAUGAAGAGGAAAUACCGAGUGUGUAACGUUACCAGGCGACCAGCCAGUCACCAGACGUUCCCCUUGCAGCUGGAAAGUGGGCAGACGGUGGAGUGUACAGUGGCUCAGUACUUCAAGCAGAAAUACAACCUGCAUCUGAAAUACCCCCACCUGCCAUGUCUGCAGGUUGGCCAGGAACAGAAGCACACGUAUUUGCCCUUGGAGGUGUGUAACAUUGUGGCAGGCCAGCGAUGCAUCAAGAAGCUAACAGACAAUCAGACAUCAACCAUGAUAAAAGCAACAGCGAGAUCUGCCCCAGAUAGACAAGAGGAAAUCAGCCGACUGAUGAAGAAUGCCAGUUACAACCUGGAUCCGUACAUACAGGAGUUUGGGAUAAAGGUGAAGGACGACAUGACGGAAGUGACGGGGAGGGUCCUUCCAGCACCAAUCUUACAGUACGGAGGCCGGAACCGGGCGAUUGCCACUCCCAACCAGGGCGUGUGGGACAUGCGGGGAAAACAGUUUUACAACGGGAUCGAGAUCAAAGUCUGGGCUAUCGCCUGCUUUGCCCCCCAGAAGCAGUGUCGAGAGGAGGUGCUGAAGAACUUCACAGACCAGCUGCGCAAGAUUUCGAAGGAUGCAGGGAUGCCCAUCCAAGGCCAGCCAUGUUUCUGCAAAUAUGCACAGGGUGCGGACAGCGUGGAGCCGAUGUUCCGACACCUUAAAAACACCUACUCUGGGCUCCAGCUCAUCAUCGUCAUCCUGCCAGGGAAAACACCUGUGUAUGCGGAGGUGAAGCGUGUUGGAGACACGCUCCUGGGGAUGGCCACGCAGUGCGUUCAGGUCAAGAAUGUGGUGAAAACCUCCCCGCAAACCCUCUCCAACCUCUGCCUCAAAAUCAAUGUCAAACUAGGUGGGAUCAACAACAUCCUCGUGCCUCACCAGCGCUCGGCCGUCUUUCAGCAGCCAGUGAUCUUUCUGGGUGCCGAUGUCACCCACCCACCAGCGGGGGAUGGGAAGAAGCCUUCCAUAACGGCUGUUGUGGGCAGCAUGGAUGCCCACCCGAGCCGUUACUGUGCCACGGUACGAGUCCAGCGCCCUCGGCAGGAGAUCAUUGAGGACCUGUCCUACAUGGUGAGGGAGCUGCUCAUUCAGUUCUACAAGUCCACCCGCUUCAAACCCACCAGGAUCAUCUUCUACCGGGACGGGGUUCCAGAGGGGCAGCUCCCGCAGAUUCUUCACUAUGAGCUGCUGGCAAUCCGAGACGCCUGCAUCAAACUGGAGAAGGAUUAUCAGCCCGGCAUCACAUACAUAGUUGUCCAGAAACGGCACCACACCCGCCUCUUCUGUGCGGAUAAGAACGAAAGGAUUGGCAAGAGCGGGAACAUCCCGGCUGGAACAACUGUGGAUACGAACAUCACCCACCCGUUCGAGUUUGACUUCUACCUGUGCAGUCAUGCAGGCAUUCAGGGUACGAGCAGACCUUCCCAUUACUACGUCCUCUGGGACGACAACCGGUUUACAGCAGAUGAGCUGCAGAUCCUUACGUACCAGCUCUGCCACACCUACGUGCGCUGCACCCGCUCAGUCUCCAUCCCAGCACCAGCAUAUUAUGCCAGAUUGGUGGCAUUCAGGGCGCGGUACCACCUAGUGGACAAAGAGCAUGACAGCGGAGAGGGCAGCCAUAUAUCUGGACAGAGCAACGGCAGAGACCCGCAGGCCCUGGCAAAGGCUGUGCAAGUUCAUCAGGACACUUUGCGUACCAUGUACUUUGCUUGAAAGCCUAACUUUUCUUACCUCAUUCAAGAAAGCUUUCAGAUUUGUAGGAGCCAUACAAAAAAGGAAGCAUUGAGACACCUUGUUUGUUCCAAUGAGAAUCACUGCAGGGCAGGCAGCGUCACUUGAGGCAGGAGACCAACACCACGUGCGGAAGGAGAGAGACCAGACCCCUUCGUAGUAUGGGAAGAGACUGAUUAUUUUUCUGGUUUUGCAAAUCUUCACCUGACCAAACCAGUGAAGGUGUUUAAAGAAGGGAUAAAAUGGAAACAGAAGCAGGUUUUCAUUUUAAAAUGCAAUACACUAUAGACUUCAGACUGCAAAACAAAGGAAUUGGUCCUCCAUUGCCAAACAGAUGCUGGUUGGUAUUUUGGGGGUGGGGUGGGGGGAUUUUUAGAGCCUUAAACAGAAGACUAGAUUUAUAAACUAAUAUUUUAGGAUACAAGAUGCUUUAAUGGGUUAAGGAAAAAAACUAGUUUAUAGAAAAAUUCUAACACUAACAUUUGCCCCCCACGUAACGUAAGGCACCCUAGCACUUAGCUCCGAACUGAUGAAAUCUGUCUUCCUUAUGUUAAAAGCUAGUUAGCUGCUUCCAUUUGAAGCAACAGUCACAGACUUUUCCUUGGGUGAGUGCCUUACUACGAUGCUGCAAAAUUUCAACGUUUUUAUCUUGUAAGGAAAAAAUAUAGGACUCUUGUCUUGGUGGUGGUCCAUAUUUCCAUCCAAAGGAGUUGAUUUUAUAUUCAUAAAGUUACAGUUGGUGUUAGAUCACAACCUCACAAUGGUUAAACUCCAUUGAAAGACGUGCACUUUCAUAUAGGACAAGUUGAAUAGCUGCUGACCCGUUUUUGUUUCCAGUGUACUACUUUGUUAUUUAAAACUGCAUUUCUGACAAAUGGGGGCAUUCAUCCCAUGAGGACAGAAAUCCCCAGAUUAGUAUUUUUUUUUCCUGAAUUUCUAUAAUGAUGAACACGUCGGGAUUUUUUUUACUAAGCAUUAUUUUUAUACGGUAUGAAGUCUGUUGCCAAAAUUCACAAGUCAUUAACAUUGUCAGAGUUUACAUCACUGCACUUCCUGAGACUUUGUAUGUUCAUGCCAGAGAUUGAUAGUAUUUCCUGUCCAAUGAGUGUAUUACUAACUGCAGUCCAUGGAGCUGUGGGGUAUUCCUUUGUUAUGUUCUAGUGCAGGGGUCGGCAACCUAUGGCACACGUGCCGAAGGCGGCACGCGAGCUGAUUUUCAGCAGCACUCACACUGCCCGGGUCCUGGCCACUAGUCGGGGGGGGGGGGCUCUGCAUUUUAAUUUAAUUUUAAAUUAAGCUUCUUAAACAUUUUUAAUACUUUAUUUACUUUUACAUACAACAAUAGUUUAGUUACGUAUUAUAGACUUAUAGAAAGAGACCUUCUAAAAACGUUAAAAUGUAUUACUGGCACGCGAAACCUUAAAUUAGAGUGAAUAAAUGAAGACUUGGCACAGCACCUCUGAAAGGUUGCCGACCCCUGUUCUAGUGUAUCUCCUGUACGUCAUGUAUAUCCAUUACGUCUUUAUGGGCUGUGUGCUUUCUAAGUUACUACCUGUCCAACUCCAGCAUGUUCAAACUGUUGUGGUAGUUUCGCUGCUAGGUAUUGCUGCUCUUUUUACCACAGAUGUUACUGGUUUCAUGCACGGGGGUUUUAAAAUCUGAAAUGCUGCCAGAUUGUUCAUCAUUGUGAAGAAUGAAAUGAAUUUUACUGUCACUGGGAAUUUCCUACUGAUUUGUGUCAUAAUAAGAAAAAAGUGUGGUCUUCUCCCCCCCGCCCCCAGUAACACGCUGACGGUAUUUUAAACUCAUUUUGCUGUACGGAAUGACCCUUGCAUGGAAAGCUGCGGUAGCUACUCAUUAAUUACAGUAAAUGGGCAGGUUAUCCCAGUUUAAUAUUUAAUCAUGCACCACAAAUUUUCUUCAGGAGAAGGAACACUUUGUCCAGCCAGUUACUGGACUGACAAGGGGAGCGAUUUUACUGCCAAAGUGAACCAGUUUUAAAAGCCUAGCAAAUAUUGUACUCCACCUAUAUCCAUUACUAGAAACACAUUUUGUUUCAUACCUUUUGAUAUUUCAACUUGCCUUGCUAGUAGUUCAUAAAAUCAAUUUUGAUCAGGUUGACCAUCGCGCUCUAUUCUAAUACAAUAAAUUAUUUGUAUCUCCUCCCCUCUCCCCCCCAAUUGGGUACCAUGUUUGUUAAGAAUUAAAAGAUCAGUCUGCUAUGCAAACUAACUCUUGAGCCCUCCAGUGCCAUACUGUGUGAAGAACCUAAAUCUAGAACCGUUGUACUUUUCAAGACUACAGUGUUUGGAUCAUAGUCUGCUUUCCAUCUUGUAUUAAACUCCACUGCUGUACAUCUGCAUGGGCAGAGGCGGGAGCCUAGGUGGUGGUCAUGGUUGGUCGAAUACCCAACCCUCUGUGGGGGUCCAGAGAGUAGGGAAUGCAUCACCACUAAGUGAGAAGCCUACAUUCCUUUAUAGAAGUGCCUGCAUAGUGACACACAGUCAGCACCUCUCAACUCCAUUCCCAGAACUCCACUUGGUAUUAUUUGAAAGGAUGAUCCCAGAGGGGAUAAACCCACCCAAUCUUGUAGUAGUAAGCUCCUAAUUAAGGAUAAAAAUUGGGUUUGAGUUUAGGUCACACGUUGUUGUGUGUCUUUCCAUAUGUUCUGCACAUCUGUGCUUAGGUUGAGGUUCUCUUUGAAACUCAGUUCAUUCACCAGCAUUACAAGUGAACAUACCUUGCUGCUGUUGUAAGGUCAAAGGUUUUUGGUUUCUAAUUUUAUUUUUGUUAAUGUUUUAGUUGGGUCUGGAAUGCUGAAAUGUCUUUUAGUAGCUGUGGCAUAGCACAUGCCGGUUUUAACCAUUUGAAAUCAGUGUGUGGGCAUUUACAGGCACAAACAGCCUGUUGCUCUGUAACAUUUUUUUAACUAAGACUUGAAAUGUAAAAUGGACCUUAAGAUUUGCACUCAUUUGUCAGGUGGCUGUUCAUAGAGAACUGUGAGUGAAGACACACCAGUGUAGGACCUGGUUUUAACAACUUUUAUAACUACACGAAAGCUUCAUGGCUCGUUGCCAUAACUAUAAAGGGAAGGGAACAGCUCUCCUGUGUGCAAUACUAUAAAAUCCCUCGUGGCUAGAGACACCAAAAUCCUUUUACCUGGAAAGGGUUUAAGAAGCUCAGAAAACCUGGCUGUUACUUACAGGUUUGAAAUAUGAGAGACUGGUUCACAAAGAUUUGGGAGAGCCUGGAUUGAUGUCUGGUCCCUCUUAGUCCCAAGAGCGAACAACCCCCAGAACAAAGAGCACAAACAAAAGCCUUCCCCCCACCAAGAUGUGAAAGUAUCUUGUCCCCUUAUUGGUCCUUUGGGUCAGGUGUCAGCCAGGUUUCCUGAGCUCCUUAACCUUUCCAGGUAAAAGGAUUUUGGUGUCUCUGGCCAUGAGGGAUUUUAUAGUGUUACACACAGGAGGGCCGUUCCCUUCCCUUUAUAGUUAUAACACUCAUAAAGUGCUCCACUGAAAACUUUGCAGACCAUGUUCUGCCCUUAUCUCACCCUAUGCACGUUGAAUUUUAAAUCAAUAAAAAAAUGAAAUAAAUUUUGUAGUUGCUGUGCCCUCUGAACCAUGUUUCCAUUUCCAAGACAUUUCAAUGGGUUAGAUUUACCUGCAUGUUAUGUAGAUUGGAUUAUGCACUGUACCUUUAACAUGGCUUCAGUAUUCUGUAUUUCUACCCUUUUGUUGUCUGAAGUAUAAAGAACUAACUGCAUGUUGGGGUGCUGUGUUUUACUGCCCACAGCAGAUAGGUGUUAACCCAUAUACAUAUCACGAUGUAGAGUUAGGAACAAAUCCCAUGUAAGCAACACAUCCCGCUCCUGUGACUUUCUGAAUAUGCACAUGUCCCGUGUACAACUGGAAACUGCCAAGUGCUUGCAGUUCUGUGGGAGACAGAAUAACUUCAAUUUAACUGUCAGCCGUUUAAUGAGCUUGUUUACAUUAUGCUUAUAUCUGAACAACUAGGGGUGUCUGAGGGCAGAACAUACCUCAGAAGAACUUGGAGGCGGACAGAGAGGGUGUUCUGAUAUUUGCAAGUCUGAGAUGCUCUGAUACUUAGUAUUGAAAAGCUUGAACCUUUAUAAGCUCAAGUGUUCACUGCAAAAAUGAAACGUUUUCUUUUUGGAAAAUUAGUGCAAAUAGAAGAAUGGGUUGAUUCUUUUUGGGAGGGGAAGCGAGACAGCAGAACAGCAAUAAAAAAGUGAAAUACAUAUCUUGUGCUUGUGAUUUGCACUUCAAAAUAUCUGUGAAAGAAAACUGUAGGGGACUCCAGUGCUUUUGUGUUCAAUUUCUAACCCCUUUUGUACCUCCUUAUUCAAGCAAUUGUUGAACUGUACAUAGAUGUUCACAAGACACUCGAUUUGGUUUGUUUUUUUUCUUUUCCUUGUGUUUGUGUGUUUGCUUUAGAUUGAACUUUGUAUGGUCCAUUUGUUAAAUAGAUAUGAACAGUUGAUGUACAGUACUUAUUAAAAAAAACAAGCAGCAGCACAACUUAUUUUGUAAAGAAAAUAAUGGCUUAUAUUUUAAAGGUUGAAUAUCAAUUUUUGUAUGAGGGGAAUUAAGAUUGGUAAAGAGUAAUGAUAUCCUUGGAUUAGGCCAAAAGAAAAUACAUAACCACCUCUUUAUUAAAAAAAUGAAUUAAAGAGUUCCAGAACACUGUA